AUGGCGAACGGUGGCAAGAAUAACGGCAAAGGCGUUGACAGGGAUGUCCCUGGCGACAGUCCGCCCUUCACGGUGGAGCAAUUGCAGCAACUGAUCGCUGGUCUUCGCCUUUUGACCGAGCAAGAAGAAGAUCGUCAACUAUGGGCCGCCGUCGACAAUUCCUCUGCCCAGCACGUUCAUGCCCGAUUGAGUGCGGGGCCCAGCGCGCCGCGCCGUCCCUUGCCUAACGUGCAUCUGGCACAAGAAGUCCAGAAUCAAGAUGGCCCUGCUCCAACGCGGCGGUCCACUCCUCACAUCGAAGCUCCCCAGCCUACCCCGCCAACUGCUGGUAGAACCAUGGCUCCUACGCCUGGUGGCGGCUGUCAUGCGCCCUGCGCGAACUGUUGUGGCGGGACGGUGGCGGAUGGCGGGGACAGCACCGGUGUACGUUGGUACUGUGUGACGCGCGGUCGUGCGGUCGGUGUCUUCGCUGGCUGGCCUAAUGCCUCGCCGCUUGUCAUCGGGGUUCCGAACUCCGUCUAUCAAAGGUUCCCUACCUUCAGCUCGGCGUUGGCUGCGUUCCUUGAAGCGGCAGCCAACGGGACGGUCUUUGUUGUUUUGUAA